GUCUCUUCGUGGUCGCUCAGCCUUCAGUCUUGUCUGCUCUUCAUCAUUGCUCGGACGUUCAGAAUCGAUUGCGCUGACUGAUCAAUAUCUCCACUUGAUUGACACUUCGUUCAGAUUUCCUGAUUUGCUGGAACCUCAAAAGAGUGCCGCACGAUGUUUCUUCUCACGGCGGUACCACUGCUGCUAGCGAUCAGCAGGAUUUCGGCGCAAUGUCUGACAGGCAACGAUGUCCCAUCAUUGAUGGACCCGGCAUCGAAAAUAUCGCUGACGGACGCCCGUUAUAAUUUCGCACUCGAUAGUCUGAAGAAGGCCGCGCUGAUCGAAACGCGGGACAACGUCUUCUUCAGCCCACACAGUCUGCACCAGGCCUUGAGUCUGGCGUACUUCGGAGCCCGCGGCACCACCGAAGAAUCCCUCAAGACGGCUCUGCGCAUUCCCGAGCACCUCUCCAAAGUUGACGUGCAACGCUACUACGCUUUUGAGAGAUCGAUCAACGAGAUGCGCUCUCAGAUAAAUAGCUCGGAGUCUUAUGAGUACAACGUCGCAAAUAGAUUUUGGAUCACAAAUACUAAGAAGUUGCGUGAGUGCAUGCUCGAUUUCUUCAACGAUCAACUGCAAGUGACCGAUUUCCGUACGAACCCCGCUCAGGUGCGAAAUCACAUUAACGAAUGGAUCAGCAACAUGACAAAGGGUCACAUCCGCGAACUUCUGCCACCCAACAGCAUUAGCGAGGACACCGAUUUGGUCCUGGCGAAUGCCGUUUACUUCAAGGGUUUGUGGGCUCACCGUUUCGAUCCGAAAAACUCCCAACGUGACAUUUUCUACUCUUCCGGAAUGCAGAACUCUGUCAUCACUUUCAUGCGACAGAAAGGACAAUUCCAUCAUCACGUUUCUGAGGACUUGGGCGCGUACGUCUUGGAACUACCCUACAAGGGCAACGAAAUAUCGAUGUUCGUAUUGCUGCCUCCGUUCUCCAUCAUGUACUCCGGUCAGAAUCCCUCAAACGAGCCCCAGGACGGCAUUCGCCAGUUGGUGGAACGCCUAGCGACCGAGAGAGGAUCGCAGCUGCUUCGCGAAAUGUUGCAGGACAGAAUGACAUAUCGGGAGGUCGAAGUGAGCCUGCCACGUUUCGAGCUCGAGCGAGAACUGCCAGUUGCUCAGCUGUUAAGCCAAUUGGGUGCCGGCGAGCUUUUCUCCAACUCCGCCGAUCUGCGUGGCUUCCUCGCUGAUGGAGAGCAGAGUCUGACUCUCGGUGAUGCAGUGCAUCGCGCCCGCAUCGAGGUCACGGAAGAAGGCACCACAGCGGCAGCAGCCACCGCGAUCCUCACCUUCCGCUCGAGUCGGCCCAUGGACCCCGCUGUCUUUAAAGCCAAUCAUCCGUUCGUCUACCUGAUCUAUGACAAGACUAGCAACACUAUUCUCUUCACCGGCAUCUUCCGCAAACCCGAAACGCAGCAACCUGCUGCUUAGGUUGACCGCGCGAAGACAAGAAGCGUUUUUUUGUCUUUGACCAGCCAGUCUCUCUUCUCUAUUUCUGUUUACUCCGGAAGAUUCUUAGAUCAUGGAAUCUUUCCUCCUCGUCAUCGUCUUCUUCUUCUUCCUCAUCAGGUUUGACUCAAUUUCCGACACAGAACUUGUUAGCACGUGUGUGUGAUAUUGAGUGAUUCUUUGAGUUGAUGAUCGGGCACUUCUUUGGUUCUGAUCUUGCUGCAAAACUGGCGAGGAUUUGAUUGUUAACUUCCUGCGGAUUUCGGAGGAUCGCUUAUGAUACUCGCCUCCGGUAAUUUCCCAAGGGAGUCCAUUGCAUGAAUCUCAUUAAUUUAUUCUUGUAUAUUUAUCGAAUUUAUAUUGUACCUUUUACGGCUUUACCCUCUUAUUUUUUGUAGGUAGAUCUUUUGUAAAAUAAGACAAAAGUUUUAUAUAGAUACGUACGUUACGAAUAUUGAUGAUACGAUGAAUUUUUUAGUGAACUGCAACCUCGCUAAUUGACUGAAAUAUGUUUUAUAAAUAUUUUCUGGCAAAUUACAGAAAAAAGAAUGAUAAUGCGCUAAAUACACUUAUAAUAGUGAGAAAAAGCUGUAAAAAUACGAACUACAUUGUGGAGAUUUAUGUAAUAAAAAGAAAGUAAAGAAAAAUUUUACUUUUAGAUUUUAUAAA